CACCCCAGUUUCCUAACGACUUUAUUACAAAUCUCGUUUCCCCCCCCUUUUUCCCUCUCCCCCUCCAUCAAAAGCUCUCACUCUCCACAGAGCUCUCAAAAGCCCUAAUCCCGCCUUGGAUCUCCAAAACCCUAGAAAUGGCUGAUUCCUUCGAGAUCACAGCGAAUCCAUUCCCUAAUCUCGCGUGAGGUUCCGGUCCUCUUCACUAGAUUCUGAGCUGCGCGGGACGACGAUGGCGAACAAGAAGGAGGAGGAGAAGAAGACGACGACGACGGAGGAGGCAGCGGAGGAGGCUAAGCGGCAGGCUACGGGUCCGGAGAAAUCUCCGGCGCUCUCCGAUGCCAAUACGGGACGCGCAGCUCCUGGGACUCCGGCGAAUGCGUCCCGAGCAGCGUGGCCGCCGCAGCGCUCUCCUGUUCGGGGAUCAGUUGACCAACGCAGAAGUGAUGGGCUUGGAAGUGACAGUCAUUCCAAUAGGCAGCAUCAUGCAUAUUCUCCCAAGUCUGAUCCAAAGCAUAAUCUCCCUCCAAAUGAUAUGCCACCACUCACUAAUCCUUCUACUUACCAACAGAGUGAUCCUUCUACUUACCAACAGCCAGGACAACAAGUGUCAUACCAUCAACCCUUUAAGUUUCAUGGUUAUGGCUAUGGGGCUUACCCUGCAGCAAUUCCUACCGUCCCCUACAUCAUAACGUCUGGACAAUCUUCCAGGCCACCUUUCCUUCUAACUGGUCAAUUAGAUGCAAUUGAUAGAAAUAGAAAUUUCCAGCUUCUGGCAGACGGCAGCCAUGCUGGCCCACACUUCAAUCAGACAUGGGGCCAUCAACAAGCAUUUCCUCCGAGUGACAAUAUGAAUAUGCCACAUGGUGCGGCACAUGGGCCUAUGAUCAGCCAAGUAUCACAGUAUGCUCCAGCUUCAGGGUAUAAUGACUGGUCUGGCUAUCCUGAAGAAGCACCUGAUUUGGGAGCCAGAAUUGUAAAACAGAUUGAGUACUAUUUCAGUGAUGAAAAUUUGCCAACGGACUAUUACUUGCAGAAUUUACAAGAUGAACAGGGAUGGGUUCCCAUUAAAAAAAUUGCAGAUUUCAAUAGGGUAAAGAAAAUGAUGAUUGAUUUUAUUCUGGAAGCUUUGCAGAGAUCUAAUUCCAUAGAAGUGCAGGGUGACAAAAUACGGAGACUUAAUGACUUGCCAAAGUGGGUCCCAACAUCUGGUCAUCGUCCUAUACAGCAUUCUCAGCCCACGGAAGUCCAAUCUACCACUACGGAGAGUACUGAGGUUAUUAAGAAGAACAGUCUUUUCACUCAAGGCAACAAUGAAACGGCAGCUAAUGAUAAACAUGAAUGCUUAUCGGGGACUACUUCUGAUGGUGAAUGCCUUACACGCAAUGAACAAAGCGAGGAUAAUGACAAGAAAUUUGCAUCUGAACAAUUAUCAGCAACUAGUUCUGAUGGUGAGGACCUUACACGCAAUGAACAAAGCGAGGAUGGAAGUGGGCGUUUAUCCAAUCUUGAAGAACUCUCAGAUGGUCUUAUUGAUGACAGUAAGUCAAGCACAAAAGGGCAUCUGCCAUUAAAUACAAGCAGAAUUGAUAACGAAGACAACGGGAUGGAUGUCAAUGACCAAGAUCUGCAAAAACUUGUUAAUGUUAGCCAGGAAUCAAGGAUAGAUGAAAAUGAUAGAUCUGGCCUAGAAAAAGAGUCAAUUUCAAACGAGGAAGCUUCUAUCGUUGAUGAGGCUCUUUUAUUUUUUGAGCAGUUGCGUGCCAAGCAUUCUGGAAAUCAAAGACAUAAUUCUGGGACCAAAGUAGGAGAUUCCAAAUCCUCCGCCCAUGGAAAUCCUUCUCUGAAUUAUAAGGUGAACAUCAGUGGAACUGAUGACUUGGGUCAUUCUCAUAGUCUGAGACAGCAAACCAAAGGCAAUAAUAAAUCAAGUUCUUCAAGUAAUCAGCAAUUUUUCCAAAGUAAUACUAGGAAUCACAACAGCAGUCACAAUGAUCAGGGAGCUGCGUCACAAAGCCCACCACUUGGCUCUUUCUUUGGGUCAGCACAUGCUGAGAGUGAUGGUCCUACAUUGUCAAAGUCGAGUGUUUUGCCUGAUGGAUUUUUUUCUGGAAGCAGUCCACCUGUGGGAUAUUUGCCAAAAUCUUUAACACAAUUUCAGCAUCCUAGCCUCAAGCUGUUGGAAACAAUUGAGUUUAAGCAGGAGAAGUAUGAUAAGUUUCGCAAGAGGUGUCUUAGUGAUCGAAAGAACUGUGGAAUUGGUUGCAGCGAGAAAAUGAACGAACUCUAUCGAUUUUGGUCAUAUUUCCUCAGAACUGAAUUUAAGCCACACAUGUAUGAAGAGUUCAAAAAACUAGCCCUGGAAGAUGAAGCUGCUAAGUGUGACUAUGGUAUUGAGUGUCUCUUCAGGUUCUACAGUUAUGCUUUGGAGACACAAUUCAUAGAACAUCUUUAUGACGAUUUUGAGAAGCUGACGCUUGAAUUCUACCAUAAGGGAAAUCUUUAUGGUCUUGAGAAAUACUGGGCUCUGCACCAUUACCGGGAUGAAACCGACCCGCCUUUGAAGAAGAAUCCCGAGUUGGAGAGACUUCUGAGUGAAGAAUAUCGUGUCCUGAGCGACUUCACGGCCAAAGAGAAAGCUCAUAAGGCUGUUCGCUGAAGAAAAUAUUAUUCCUGGUGCCAAGGUCUCAAGUCCUCAGCCAAUAAAGCAGUCAAGCUAAAUAAAUAAAUAAGAAGUUUUUUUUUUUUUUUUGGUAGGAGUAUUGCAAGGAAAUUCUUUCGUUUUUUGGGGGUUGACAACAGCUGUACAGAUGUUUGCUGUGAUUCUGCUGCUGCAAACAUGAUGACUGGAUAAGAAAUUUAGUUUUUUAGUACGGAAGGGAGACAAUAAUACUGGUUCUGAAACUGUGAAAGUUGAACAAUAAGAGCUUAAGGUUUAGCCGUGCAUUUUUUUUA